AUGUGGUGUCCAACGUUGCUCUUUUUUGGUGGCAUCUACACACACUCAGCCUCUCAACGCCACGCCAGCAGAGGAGACCUGCUUCCUGUUACAUGCCGGACACACCUCAGCCUCGACCAGCCGCAAACAGCGACUUUCGGUCAGAAGAACACCGAAAACACCGUGAUUACAACCGACACAGGGCCGGCUCGGACAUUGCAGCACUUGAAGAUGGUCUGCGGGGGAUUCACCUGCUCCAAAAAUGCCCUCUGCUCCCUCAACGUGGUGUACAUGCUGGUGGGGCUGCUGCUGAUCGGAGUGGCGGCGUGGGGGAAAGGCUUCGGUCUGGUGUCCAGCAUCCACAUAAUUGGAGGAGUGAUCGCAGUGGGCUUUUUCCUGCUGCUCAUCUCUAUCGUGGGGCUGAUUGGAGCCCUCCACCAUCACCAAGUUAUGCUCUUCUUUUACAUGGUGAUCUUGUUCAUUGUAUUUCUCUUCCAAUUUGGAGUAUCUUGUUCGUGUUUGGCCAUGAACCGUGGGCAGCAGGAGGCGCUGCUGAGCUCAGCGUGGGGAAUCCUGCAGAAUAAAACCCGGAUAGACCUGGAGACGCAGCUCAACUGUUGUGGCCUCUUCAAGAACUCCAGUCAGUCCUCUUUUGACACGGACUGGGCCAACUGUCCGGCAUUGUGUAAAAAGAACAACGAUUGUGCCACAUGUGGGGGGAAGAUGUUGAACCACGCUACAGAAGCCUUGAAAAUCCUUGGAGGAGUGGGACUGUUCUUUAGCUUCACAGAGAUCCUGGGAGUGUGGCUUGCUGUGCGCUACAGGAACCAAAAAGACCCUCGUGCCAACCCCAGCGCGUUCCUAUAG